AUGUAGUUCUUUAGUGAAUAUGUGUUGAAUGGUAAAUGGAAUGGUAAAAAUAAUUAUUUAAUAAAAUUUUAUAAAAUAUUCUGGGAAUUUUGGGUUAGAGAGUCAAAUACAAUAUACCUACUGAACUAAUGGAUAAUAAAAACUACGCCAGUUUAUUAUGAAAUAAGUAAGUAAACGGCGCAUAAAAUGAAGAUGGAGGUGAAAUCGUGUGAAAUAAUGAAGGAUGUUUUAGAAACAUACAAAAAUAUCAAAACAACCCGUCCCUACUGUUCAAAGGAGAAGUGGUACGCUCUGCUUGGAAUGGAAAUUAACAAGAAAUAUAACAUUUGGCUGAGCAAAAAUGACAUCUACACAAUGCACGUGUUAGAAUACGAAGAACAGGAGAUGAAAAGAAGAAACAAGAAGCCAGUCCUCGUUAAAAGACACAUAGCAAAUGAAUUUUUGCGGGCCAGACAACCUUUACCUUUAGAAAGGAAGCGUACAUUUAUCAAGGAGGAAAAUACCAGAGAUUCCAGAAAAAGUGUAUUUGAUAGACUGUACCAGCAAAGACCUAAACCGGAUGAAACUAAAGCCAAAGUGGUUAAAGAGCGUUCGAAGAAGAAAGUGACAUUUUUAACGGAUAAGUAUUAUUCGCCAAACAAAACACCAACCGAGUUCUACGAACCGUUCUGCAAGAAGAUUUGCAAGCGCCGAGGAAGUUUGAGCCCUAAAAUGGAUUCGACAGUUUUCGAAAGAUUGUAUUCGGAGCGCAAGCAACUGAACAGUAAAAAAAUGACAGACUCAGAGAAGAGGGAAUUAUAUAUGGAGUGCCAACGUGAAGAAAUACGAAGAGCUCAAGCCGCUUGGGCUAGCAUGCGUCAAUCAAUCCUAGAAGGUAAAGACAUAGAUCAGCAGGAAUUUGCGUCGUCAAGUGAGAGUGAUUUUAAAAGUUCCCGGGCAUUUAGAUCACGUAAAAGUGCUCCUAACAAUUCGCGGGCAUUUAGAUCAAGUGAGAGCGGUCCUAGCAACAUGCGGGUGUUUAUGUCAUCAAGUGAUAUCGUUCCUACAUAUUCGCGGGCAUUUAUUUCGGCAAGUGAGAGCGUUUCUAACUACCCGCCGACAUUUACGACAUCAACUAAUAAGGCUCUUAACAAAUCGCGAACAUUUAGAUCAAGUGAGAGUGUUCCUAACAAUUCGAGGUUAUUUAGAUCAAGUGAGAGCAGUCCUAGCACCUCGCGGGCCCUUAGCCCUUCAGGUGAGAGCGUUCCCAAACAUUUUCAGGCAUUUACGUCAAGAGAGAGCCUGUCAAAUUACAGGCUGGUAUAUACUUCGUCAAGUGAGAGCAUUCCUAACAGUGAGAAGGCUUCAAACAACUCUCAGCUAUUUCGGCCAGGUGGCAGCAUUCCUAACGCCUCACGGGCAUCGUCGUCAACCGACACAGCUCCUGACAGCUCGAUGUUAUCUUCAACCGAAAGCGUUCCUAUCAGCACUCAACCAUUUACAUGCUCAACCGAGAGUGUUCCUAGCAGCACUCAUUCCUGCAAAGAUAGCGGAGUGGAUAACUUGGACGACUUUGAACCACCACGUCAAGUAAUUUAUCCUCAAAGACACUUUGUUCCCACCCCGGAGGAAAUGAAAGAGUUGUCUGAGAUGGUAAAAUUGCUCAGUAUUAAGAUCAAGGAAAAUAUAGCUAAGAACGCAGCUGCUGAGGGGGCCGCAAAGUCCUCUUAGAUUUAUAUUUUUACUAUUUAAUUUUGAUUUUUUUUAUUGUAUAAUUUAUAUUGUUAUCAAUAGAUAAUAUAACUGAUUUCCAUAACUGCUACAAUAAUAAUUGCAAACAUUUGUAUCUUUUUAUUAUUAUUAAUUGUAGGUAUAAUAUUUUUAGUGUUAGUGGACUUUCUAUUUUGUCUAUUUUAAUUAAUAUAAAUUUUAUUGUGUGUGUGUAAUUUUAUAUAUGUAUGUAUUAGUGCGAUUGUUUUGAUUUUAAUUGUUAAGGCACAUUAUACUUUAAAAAAAAAUUAUGCUCAUUAAUUCUAAUUUUAUUGUAAAUUUAGAAAUUUAUAGGUUAGUGCGCCUGUCUUGAUUGUUAUUAUUAAGGAAAAUUAUACAUUUUUAUCCAACAAAAAGGAUGCUACUUUAGUAUACUUGUAUGUUUAAUCAUUAUUUGACUGUAUCGGUAGUAAAUAUCGAAAAGAUUUUUUUUAGAAAUGAUAGAAUAUCAUUUAAUUAAUUAUAAUUUUGAUGUUUAUAAUACGUUU